GCCUACUAUCUCAAAAUGAUGAUGUGGCUAAGUAUGCUCUGCUGGAUGCGUUUCAUCAUGAGCCUUCUGCUCCUAACUUAAUCAAUAAAAAAAGGUUGUGUUUACGAGCUACACGUCAUUCCAUCUUCUUUAAAAUUCUUUUUAUUGGAGCUGCAUGCCUUCUUUUAUUCUUUGUUCCGCUCUUGGAGCAGAAACCCUCAUUCACCAAUUCAACAAACUACCUCACACGCAAAGAGGAGUCAAAGGCAACCAAGAGUGCAUUCCUCUGGUCCAGUACUGCACUAGAAUCAGUUUUUUUAUUGGUGUUGCUUUUAGAUAUUGUUCUAAAAGGAAUAGCACUAUUUCCUUCAUACGAAAAACCAAAAAAAAAAUUAGUACCCAAAAAUGAAAAACCUAACAUAGUGAAACAGUACAUUUAUCAUCAUCCAUUUUUUGCACCUUAUCGAUUGAUAUUUUAUGCCUAUACCGUUUGUUGGGUUUUAUCCUUCAUAUGUAUAAUUGGCACAAUUAGUACUCAAGACACAAAUUGGUUUAUAACAACAAGACAGCUUGUCCGUCCACUGUUCUUAACAGUUCAAGUGACAAUGUUAAAAAAAGCUUUAAAAGCUAUUUUUAAAGUUUCUUUACGUCAAUUGUUUGUGCUUGCCUCAUAUGCAUUGCUAUUUAUAGUAAUUUUUGUAUUCAUGAUGAUUGGAUUCGGUAUAUUCCCACGACAUUAUCCUGCUCUUUUGCUUCAGAAACACAACACUGUUAAUGAGGAAGGAAAUGAAUACUUUAAUUCUUCAGCUGAAGCUUAUUGGAACUUAAUUGUUUACCUUUCGACUGCAAAUAAUCCAGAUAUUGCAACACCUGCUUAUAAACACCAUCGUUUGUUUUACUUAUACUUUUGUGCUUUUUAUUUUAUUGGAAAAGUUCUCAUUCUAAAUGUUAUUGCAGCCUUCUAUGCAAUAAAUUUCAACUCUUUUAUUGACGAGUCUAUGGAAAGAACUUGGAAACACCAAAAAAGUAGUCUACAUUGGGCAUUUGAUAACAUGAAACCCAAUAAGCAAAAAUGGAUCAGCACAGAUAAAGUUAAAAAAAUUGUGAGAGACUUAAACAUAAAUGAUGAAUGCUGGGAUGGUUUAAAUUUUAAAUCAAUUGUAAGCUACAAAGAUUUUGAAAAUUUGAUAAUUGGAUUCUUUUACAAAAAACCUCCAGGACAGGGAUCUACUGAGCAAACUAAGUACAAGGUAGUGGGCAUAAAUAAAUUUCGAAAGGGUCUCUCAUUUUUAACAAAUGUAUUGGGUUUUUUGGUUGCAGUUUUUCAGUUUUUUGCACUGACGGUAUUAGUCAUCAAAGAUUAUAAUGAUACUUUAACAGGGCCUAAUUCUAUAAUGGUGAAGACAAUGAUGGGAUUUUCUAUUGUGCUUGGUAUCGAAAUUAUAACCAGAAUAAUUCUUCUUAUAAUGAAGUGUGCAAUAAGGCAUGGUGACACAUUUUGCUGCAAGCAGAAUUCUAACAAUCAGAAUGAAAAAAAUCUUUGUAAAAAAUUUUUUAAUUGGUUUUUCUGUGGACAUAGCCUAAGAUUAAGUGGAAGAAAAAAAUUUAUCAAAUUUCCACUCCUGAUAUUUGAUUGGCUGCUACUAGUUGCUGUUUUUAGUUUGGGGCUAGUGCACUUUCCUUGUCUUGUUAAAGAAAAGUGUUUAAAUUUGACAAAUGUACUUACUCUUACUCAAAUAACUAUUUGCUGUAUUGCCAUAAGAAUGCUGCGAAUGCUUGCUAAAAUUCCAAUAUUCUCCUUUGUUUUUAAUAACCUGAUUCGCAUCUUAUAUCUUUUCAUUCCAUUUCUAUUGUUGGGGUAUUUAUUUUAUUAUGAGUUUGCAAUCGUUGGAAUGGCCAUCUUUCGUGGAGUAAACCUCAAUGACACUGAAGCAGCUGCAGAAUGCGGUUCGUAUCAAAAUUUGGAAUAUUAUCCAUACAACUUUAAAGAUUUUGGUUCUACACUUGUUUUACUUUGGAAUUUGAUGAUAGUCAACAAUUGGCAUGUCAUGGUUGAUGCGUAUGUCAAACAGACAUCAAUAUACUCCAGAAUAUACUUUGUGAUAUGGUGGCUUGUGUGCGAAACAAUAAUCAAUGGUGUCAUUAUUGGUUUAUUAAUAGAAAUCUUAACAAAUGCUAAAGGUGGACUAGAAAAUGUCAUUAAAAAGUCCAUUAACAAAAUUAGAGAGCAGAAAUUUUGGAAAGACAAGCUUUCCUUGAUUUUGGGAUUUUAUGUAUUUUCUGGGGAAAAGAGUAGGGUUUUAUUAGAAGCUCAUAGCUAUUCCUUUGGUGACAUAAUAAAAAUAGUUUUUUGCAAAAUAAUGCCCAAAUGCAACAAACCUGCAAAACCACUCAAACUCAAACGGAGAUCUAAGACUAUGCCAUGCCAACAAGAACUAGAUCUGCCUAGCUCUAGCCCACGAUACAGUCUCCAAGUAGUGGAUAUGACACCUAAGUCUGAUCAAGAAUUCCAAAGGAAAGACGACACCGAACAAGGCAACACUGAACAAGUUGAGAUCGACACAUACGAAUUAUUAUAUCAUUAUGAAAGUGAUGACGAAUAUGAAGGUAGUCAGAGUACACAAGAAAGUGAGGAUGAAGAGCUACCAGACAACUUUCAAGACUUAUCAUGGAACAUAUUUGAUACUUUGGAGUACAUAAAAAAUCAACGAACCACAGAAAACAAAGCUAAAAAAUGCAAACAAAUAAAAUAGUUGCAUUGCUGCUAUGCUUAAUGUGUGGUGUGUGUGUUUUUUAUUAAUAACUUUGCUGCUCUACUUUUUUAUUACUCUACUUGUGUGUUUGUGUGUCCUUAUAAUUAUCAAUUUUGCUGCUCUAUUUUUUAUUAAAUGCUACUAC